CGGUAAGGAUAAAAAAAAGUAGCGCACUUUAAAGCUUAUAGAUUUUCUUGAGAUUCCAUAAUCAAUUACCUCAAUUACCUCGAUUGAUAAAAAGAGACGAUCAAUCAUGCCAAGUGCGGGUGUCAAAGUUUAUGUCGGUCACCUACCGGAACGAGCCAGACCAGAGGAUAUUAAGGAAUGUUUUUCCAAGUAUGGCAACGUAGUUAACAUGGAACUGAAAGGAAACUACGGAUUCAUUGAAUACGAAGAACGUCGUAUAUGUGAAGAAGCAAUUGAUUCUCUUAAUGGAACCGAAUUUCAAGGAUCUCAACUUCGUGUAGAAUUUGCUCAUGGCGAAAGAAACGGAACUUUCAAAUAUCAUAAUCAUCAUCAUCAUCACCAUCACAAUAAUCAUCACCAUAGCAACAACAACAACAGAGGAGCAGAAACAAAAUCUACCGAUACAUGUUUUAAAUGUGGUCUAGUCGGUCAUUGGGCACGAGAGUGUACUAGCAACGCGCGUGAAUUUGUUUCUCGAAAACCUGGUAGAUAUGAUGAUCGUCGAACCAGUGACAGUUAUAUUAGGGAGCCAUAUAGUGCAAGAGACAACCGGGAUAAAUACAUUAGGGAUGAAAGAUAUCCUCCUCCAGCUCUUCCUGAACGUGGUGGAUAUGAUCGUCCUUAUGAUCGUUAUGGAAGAGAUCCUCCUGAAAUGGAAUACAGAAGAGAUUAUCGUGGUACUUAUGAUAGACCAUAUGAGAGAGAAAGAGAUAGACCUUAUGAUCGAAAUUAUCCUGAAAGAGAGUAUGAUAGGAUUGGUAGAGAUAAUUAUGAUCGCAAUUAUUAUACAACUCCAAGAGAUGGAUAUGAUCGAGAUGGAUAUGAGAGAAGAGCUUUACCUCCUCCUGAUGUCCCAUUAUAUCCUGGUAGAGGUCGAGUUGGCUCUCCACCGCCACCACCACGUCGAGGAAGUUAUGAGAGGGGUAUUAGGGAUCCACCAAUUUCAUCUUAUCGUGCUCGCUCACCGUUAGCAACUUCUCGUUACCCUGAUCCAUUAAUUGGACCACCUCCAUUAAGACCCUCAUCUCCUCGUACUGGCAUCUAUAGGCGACGUUCCAUGAGUCCUAUAAGGAGUGGAAGAACAAAUAUUCCUUAUUCGGGACGUCAGAGAUCACCUAGUCCAGUUUCCAGGCCAUUAUCGACUAGACGUGGUCCAAGUACUCCAACACCACCACCUAGGCGUUAAGAAGUUGGUCAAGAUAGAUUGAUUAAUAGAUAAUUUCAACAUUUUUCUAAUUUUGUAUGUAUAUUAUUUGGGCAAAGCUGAAGCAUCGACAUAAUAUAUAGACUAAAACACAAUUCCGAUCAAUGGGCUCAUUCGAUUAGCACAUGCAGUUAAACUCGUACAGCAAGUAUGAUAGACUGCAAUUUUCAUCUUUUCUACUUUUUAACCUUUUUUUUUUUU